AUGGCCGCACACAAACCUCUCAGUUCGGCCGAUCGAAAACCCGGGGACCAAGGCCAACAGGGCCCGGUAACGUCAACGAAUACUACAGCUGUCCAGCCAGUCCGCGGCUUGCAGGCUUGUGGCGUAUGCAGAAACGUCCGCCGUGUUUUCAAAGAUCAUUCAGCUAGACAGUGUCCAUUCAAGACUCGAAAGCAACGGAAUCGCACAAGACAACGCAUGAAUCCUGGCACGAGUCGGAGAGAGAGAGAUCAGCGAAGGAACAAGGAGCGUCAUGCAGCUCAGUCGGAAAAAGAGGAGACGAAUGAUCAACUUCAACCAUUGCAUCUUCUGCCCAUCAGAGCAAAACAACCAGAAGGGUCGUUGGGAGAAGAUGCCAACGACGUUCCACAUGAAAGUCAGGAUGAGGACAACGGACGGGUGGAUGUUGGGGCUCGCGAAGAAGAAUACAAACAGGGUGUAGAAAUGGCUAAGAACUACAAGGAACAACAAUAUCAAGAGGUUUGA